AUGGCGGCGGCGGGCCGGCUGCCGGGCCUGUGGGCGCUGCUGGCGCCGCUGCUCGGGGCGCUCGCGCGGCUGGGGGUCGGGCCGGCGCCGGCGGGGGCGCUGCACAACGUCACGGCCGAGCUCUUCGGGGCCGAGGCCUGGGGCACCGUGGCGGCCUUCGGGGACCUCAACUCCGACAAGCAGACGGACCUCUUCGUGCUGCGAGAAAAAAAUGAUCUAAUCGUCUUCCUGGCGGACCAGAACGCGCCCUAUUUCAAACCCAAAGUGAAGGUUUCCCUGAAGAACCACAGCGCCCUGAUCACGGGCGUGGUGCCGGGGGAUUACGACGGGGACUCGCAGAUGGACGUGCUGCUGACGUAUCUCCCCAAGAAUCAUGUGGACGGUGGGCUAGGCGCUGUCAUCGUCUGGGGGAAAAACCAGACCUUAGACCCUCACAACAUGACCAUGCUCAAUAGGACUUUCCAAGAUGAACCUCUGAUUAUGGACUUCAAUGGUGAUUUGAUUCCUGAUGUGUUUGGCGUCACGCAUGAAGCCAGCCAGCCACAGAUCCUGAUAGGAGGGAAUUUAUCAUGGCACCCUGCACUGGCCACCAAAAGUAAGAUGCGGACCCCACAUUCUCACGCGUUCAUUGACCUGACGGGAGACUUCACAGCAGAUUUAUUCCUCACGACAUUGUCUGCCGCUGGCACCCCGCAGUUUGAGAUCUGGGAAAAUUUGGACGGGAACUUCUCCAGCAGGACGGUGUUUGAAAAGCCUCACAACAUGGUGGUGGUGGGACAGUCAGCGUUCGCAGACUUCGACGGAGACGGGCACAUGGACCACCUGCUCCCGGGCUGUGAGGAUCCCGGCUGCCAGCGAAGCGCCAUCUACCUGGCGAGGUCCGGGGCGGAGCAGUGGGUCCCGGUCCUGCAGGAUUUCAGCAGCAAGGGCACCCUCUGGGGCUUCGUGCCGUUUGUGCCGGAGCAGCACCCGACGGACAUCCCGGUCCCCAUCACCCUCCGCGUCGGCGACUACAACAUGGACGGCUACCCCGACGCCCUGGCCAUCCUGAGGAACACGUCCGGCAGCGGCCAGCAGGCCUUCCUGCUGGAGAACGUGCCCUGCAACAACGUGAGCUGCGAGGGCGCGCACCGCAUGUUCCGCGUGUUCUGGGAGCUGACGGACCUGGGCCAGAUCCCGCAGGCCGUCCUCGCCACCUUCUUCGACAUCUACGAGGACGGCGUCCUGGACAUCGUGGUGCUCAGCAGAGGGCACGGGAGGAGCGACCUGGCCAUCCACGCGCUGAAGAACAACUUCGAGGCGGACGCCUACUUCGUGAAGGUCAUCGUUCUUAGCGGCCUCUGUUCUAAUGACUGUCCUCGUAAGAUAACACCCUUCGGAGUGAAUCAGCCCGGCCCGUACAUCAUGUACACAACCGUGGAUGCCAACGGUUAUCCGAAAAACGGUUCGGCCGGACAGCUCAGCCAGUCGGCACACCUGGCUCUCCAGCUGCCGUACAACGUGCUUGGUUUGGGUCGAAGUGCGAAUUUCCUUGAUCAUCUCUAUGUCGGGAUCCCCCGUCCCUCUGGAGAGAAGGCGGUGCGGAAGCAGGAGUGGACCGCCAUCAUCCCCAACUCCCAGCUGAUCGUCAUCCCCUACCCCCACGACGUGCCGCGGAGCUGGAGCGCCAAGCUGUACCUCACGCCCAGCAACAUCGUCCUGCUGACGGCCAUCGCGCUCAUCGGCGUGUGCGUGUUCAUCCUGGCCAUCAUCGGCACGCUGCACUGGCAGGAGAAGAAAGCGGACGACAGAGAGAAGCGCCAGGAAGCCCACCGGUUCCACUUCGACGCCAUGUGA